AUGUUUGCCCGUCGCUGCGCUCGUCUUGCCACUUCGCGGACUGCCGUCCCCUUGAGCUCCUACCUGGCCCGUGUGAGACAGUACUCCUCCGGGCCAAGCUACGAGCACAUCCUCACAUCCACCCCGAAGCCCGGAGUCGGCCUGAUCACUCUCAACCGCCCCAAGGCUCUCAAUGCCCUAUGCAGCCCUCUCUUUACUGAGCUCAAUGACGUCCUGAGCAAAUACGACAAUGACAAGGACAUUGGCGCGAUCAUCAUCACCGGAAGCGAGAAGGCUUUCGCCGCCGGCGCCGACAUCAAAGAAAUGCCCGUCAUCGCCGCCGUAUCUGGCUACGCCCUCGGCGGUGGCUGCGAACUCGCCAUGAUGUGCGACAUCCUCUACUGCACCUCGAACGCGACCUUCGGCCAGCCAGAGAUCAAGCUCGGGACUAUCCCCGGUGCCGGCGGAUCGCAGCGUCUUAUCCGGGCCAUUGGCAAGAGCAAGGCUAUGGAGCUGAUUCUGACGGGGAAGAACUUUAGUGGUAAGGAGGCUGGGGAGUGGGGGCUUGCGGCGCAGGUGGUUGAUGGUGGGAAGGAGGAGUUGCUGGAGGUUGCGAUCAAGACUGCGGAGACUAUUGCGGGAUAUAGUCGGGUGGCUGUUGUUGCGGGUAAGGAGGUUGUGAAUAAGAGCCAGGAAUUGUCGUUGAGGGAGGGGGUUGAGUAUGAGCGAAGGCUUUUCCACAGUUUGUUUGGUAGUAAGGAUCAGAAGAUUGGUAUGACUGCCUUUGCUGAAAAGAAGAAGCCCGAGUGGUCCAACGAGUAA